UUUCUGUCAUAUUUACCUAUGCAUCGCAAAAUUUAUAAAGCACAUCACUAAUUCUGAUUAUUACAAUGCGAUAUUUGUAUCAUCAACGUCAGUGCAAAUUCAUUGUUCGUGCAUUAUAUCUUGGAACUGCAAGCAAACGUACGCUAAGUAUUAACAACGGUAUGGCAGAACAGACUGUAAACGUUGCUAAAACAAUUAAAGAAAAAUUCGUGUAUCCGGUUGCCCGCAAGGAUACAACAAUUGAGGAUAACUUUCAUGGCGUUAAAGUACAGGACGUUUACCGUUGGCUUGAGGAUCCCGACUCGGCUGAAACACAAAAAUAUGUCGAUGGCCAAAAUAAUAUAAGCCAACCAUUUCUUGAGAACUGCGAACAGUGGAAAAAAGUAAAUAGUAAACUGACCAAGUUAUGGAACUAUCCGAAAUAUGGAUGUCCGAUGCAAUAUGGCAAAUACUAUUACUUUUUCAUGAAUACCGGCUUGCAAAAUCAAAGUGUUAUGUAUCAGCAAGACUCUUUAGAUGGAGAGAGCAAAGUAUUUCUUGAUCCCAACAGUCUAUCGGAGGAUGGCACGAUCGCCCUAUCCCAAAAAUCCUUCUCCGACGAUGGUAAAUAUAUGGCAUAUGGACUUAGUGAAAGUGGCUCCGAUUGGAUUAAGAUUCGCAUACGAAAUGCUGAAACCGGUAAGGACUUUGACGAAGUACUCGAAAAGGUAAAAUUUUCGGAUAUUUCAUGGACAAAGGACAACAAGGGAUUCUUUUACGGAAGAUAUCCCGAUCAGGACGGUAAAACUGAUGGUUCAGAAACGCAACAAAAUCAGAACCAGAAACUUUACUAUCAUCUCAUUGGCGAAAGUCAGGAUAAGGAUGUGUUGGUUGUUCAGAUUCCCAAGGAACCAUCGUGGCGUUUCCAAACUGUUGUAUCCGACUGUGGAAAAUAUUUGAUACUGGCUAUUGUUAAGGAUUGCCGUGACAAUAUAAUAUACUAUGCUGAUCUUAUACCUGGAGAGGAUAUUAAGUCUGAACUGGAUGUCAAGAUCAUCGUAGAUAAGUUUGAGUCGGACUAUGACUAUGUCACCAAUGUCGGCUCAAAAGUAUAUUUCCGUACAAAUAAAAAUGCACCAAAUUAUCGCAUCAUAUGCAUCGAUUUUGAAAAUCCAGCUGAAGAAAAUUGGGAAACCCUUAUACCGGAACACGAAAAAGAUGUUUUGGACUGGGCCAAAUGCGUCAAUGAGGAUAAGAUUCUUCUUUGUUAUAUUAGAGAUGUUAAAACAAUCUUGCAAGCCAAUUCGCUACAAACUGGAAAACUUAUACGCGAAUUUGAUUUGGAUAUUGGCACUAUUGUUGGCACCUCUGGCAAAAAGAAAUAUUCCGAAAUCUUUUAUAAUUUCUCAUCAUUUUUAAAUCCGGGCACGAUUUAUCAUUAUGAUUUCAAAACACCAGAUGAGCCACCAAAAGUGUUUCGGGAAAUUGAACUCAAUUUGGAAGGAUUCAAGCGGGAAGACUACACAGUUGAGCAAAUCUUCUACUCCAGCAAAGAUGGUACCCAGGUGCCAAUGUUUAUAAUUCGCAAGAAGCGAGAUACUAUCAAACCCCGACCAUGUUUACUAUAUGGUUAUGGCGGUUUCAACAUUAGCAUGCUGCCAUCAUUUGGACUUACGGGUCUUAUGUUUGUAGACACCUUCGAUGGCGUUUUGGCCUAUCCCAAUAUUCGUGGAGGUGGCGAAUACGGCGAAAGAUGGCACAACGGCGGACGUUUGCUAAACAAGCAGAAUGUAUUUGAUGAUUUUCAAUGUGCUGCUGAAUACUUGAUCAAGCACAACUAUACGUCCAAGGACCGACUGGCGAUUCAAGGAGGCUCCAACGGCGGUCUUCUAGUCGGUGCCUGUAUCAAUCAACGGCCAGAUUUGUUUGGAGCAGCUGUUGCUCAAGUCGGUGUUAUGGAUAUGUUACGUUUCCAUAAGUUCACCAUAGGACACGCUUGGUGCUCGGACUAUGGCAAUCCCUCUGAGAAGGAGCACUUUGACAAUCUUUACAAGUUUUCGCCCCUGCACAACGUCCACACCCCGAACAGUGAGAGCAAAGAAUAUCCUUCCACACUGAUUUUAACUGCAGAUCAUGACGAUCGCGUCAGUCCAUUGCAUUCAUUGAAGUUUGCUGCCGCAUUGCAAGAUGCUGUACGCGAAUCACAAGUCCAAAAAAAUCCGGUGCUACUGCGCGUAUAUAAAAAAGCUGGUCACGGUUCCGGAAAACCAACAUCCAAGAGAAUCGAGGAGGCCACGGACAUUAUUACAUUCAUGAUAAGGAGCCUUAACGUGGACGUCAUUAAUCUAUAAUCAAUUAAUUUACAUUUUUACAUGAUUUUAUUUGCAACAAAUUUCUUAUGUCUAUUAAAAUUGCAGUGAUGUAAAAAUCGUGUGUACCCAAAAUAAAGUGCAUUUACAUUUGAAUGAUUCAGCAGAAUAA